CCACGUCCAAUAUGGCGGCCACGUUGACUUACAGUUCAGAAUCAAAGAUCGUACCUAUAUGAAUGGACAUGACAUUCUAUCUAGUCUGAAUGGUUGCUGACUGUGAGUCUGUUCUAUCAAUAAACUCGCCGCAAGACAACUACGUUUGUACACAAAUUGAGAUGCCUGUUGCUGGUCCAUGGGUGUGAGUCGACUGGAUGUAUUUUACAGAAGGCUCCUCCUCAGCAAACUCUUCAUUGGGGGGUGGGGAAAGCCUGAAGAUCUCAAGAGAAUUUUUGAGUUCCGUAAGGUCAUUGCAGACAGAGAGAGUUGUAAGUCUCUGGUGCCCAAGGACUAUCCGGUUUCAAUUAACAAGACAGAGGCACAUGCUGAUUGUUACAUCCAUGACGGUGUCUUCAUUUCACCUUUGGAGCACUUAGUACCUGGAAUCCUGCCAACGGAGGCUGUGAAAGCAAGGUUCCAGUUUAUAGUGCCUAAAAGAUGGCAGAGCAACAGACCAGUAUGCAUUCACUUAGCUGGGACUGGGGAUCAUUUUUUCUGGCGCAGAAGGACCCUGAUGGCCAGGCCUAUGGUCAAAGAAGCAGGGAUGGCUUCUCUACUUUUGGAGAACCCUUAUUAUGGCUAUCGAAAACCAAAAGACCAGUUGCGGUCUUGCCUAAAGAAUGUGUCUGACCUGUUUGUGAUGGGUGGCGCUCUGAUUUUGGAAUCAUCUGUGCUUCUCCAUUGGCUUGAGAGUGAGGGCUACUCACCUGUUGGAAUGACCGGUAUCUCCAUGGGAGGAUACAUGUCGUCUUUAGCAGUGACUAAUUGGCCGAAGCCUAUCCCUCUGAUUCCCUGUCUGUCAUGGUCCACUGCCUCAAGUGUCUUCACCACGGGUGUGCUAAGUAAAGCAGUGAAUUGGUCGGAGCUGGAGAAGCAAUAUGCUAUCAAUUCAGUGUAUGAAGAAGAGAUCAUUAAGCUGUUGGAGUAUUGUGGGGCUGACUCCUUCAAGGUGGCUCAAAGGUUUGCCAAACAUUCUUUAGAGCAUGUACUAGACCAGCCUAGAGAGGACAACUUGUCAAUGGGCAGCUACUCCAGCGCAGGGGCAAAGGCAGGAAUUGGGCCUGGCCUGUGGAUCAGAGACGGAGUUGCUGGGCACCCUUUAGACACAUUAUCAGUGGACAACACCAAGACAAGUUUAGACCCUUUACCAAGUGAGUUCCAAGCAAACAAAUCACUGAUUGGGAACAAGGCGGAUUCAGCCCCAAUUGGUCGGCCAUCAUUACACAGUGAGUCGAUAAGCUUCAUGAAGGGAGUGAUGGACGAGUGUACACACAUGGCCAACUUCUCCGUCCCCGUUGACACCAGUCUUAUCAUCGUGGUUCAGGCCAAAGAGGACGCCUAUAUCCCUCGGACAGGGGUCCUCAGUCUGCAGGAGAUCUGGCCUGGAUGUGAAGUUCGGUAUCUGAAUGGAGGACAUAUCAGUGCUUAUCUUUUUAAACAGAACGUCUUCAGACAAGCCAUCUAUGAUGCGUUCAAGAGAUUCUGCCUGAAGUAUCCCCACCUUGUGUAGCCAUGGAAACCCUAAAGGCCCUUAGCCCUGUAACAGUAGCUUGCACUGUGCUGGGUGUGUGCGUUUGCGUGAAUCUUUUUUCCUCCUUUUAUACAGUACACAAUACAGUUCUUCCAAACCGUCCACUUGCAACUUCUCUCUCAGCCUUGCUUUUUGGUUUGUCAAGUGAUUGUGGCUAUUUGUGGCUUCCCUAAAACACACAUUUUGCCAAGUGAAAUAAUCUGCCUAUGUCAGAGGUGGGCAAACUACGGCCCGCAGGCCACAUCCGGCCCACGGGACCGUUUAAUCCGGCCCGCCAACCUUGAAUAAAUUGUAUUAAACUUUUUUUUUUGGUAAUUUUGCCUGCAAUGACUGCGUUUCCCCAGUAGAUGGGGAAGCGCUCGCCUGCGCAUUUACUACCGGAAGUACCGGAAGCCGUGUCAGAAAGCUCGGUGCACACUCACAAGUGCGUGUACGUACAUGGCGCACUUGCGCUCUAUUUGUAUCAGUCCCGAAUUUAGAGCGUGGGCUGUGACGACAGCAUUCUUGUAAUUCGCGCGCUGAGCUUUCAGAUACAGUUUUACGCUAAAGCCACCCACAAACUUUACCCUGGAAUUCUUCUAUUAAAAUGAGUCGCCCAAGGAAAAGCAAGGUGGACACAGCGCCGAGUGUUUAAAAAAGAGUGGCCAAUUUGGCUCGACGUACGCGACGUGACGUUCAGCCACAUGAACGUCAACAUCAACCCGUCACAGAUCGAGAUAAACGGACCAACACCUCGGAUCUCUGCUAAGAAUUGCCACAACAAAUUUUACUCCAGACUAUGACGCACUAGCAAAAAAGGGAGACCAACAACACUGUUCCCACUGAAAAUCACCGUGUUGCCGUUUUGAUUACUUUAUUUGGAUGUAUGCUUUCGCCGAUUCUUCAAGAUGAUAUAUUUGGUCAGAAUGUUUGCCGUUUGAUGUGAUCUCAUAAAAUAAACAUCUUUCAUUAAUCUGACCUGCAGGCACUGAAGUGAUGGAGACUGUUAUUCAUAAUAACAGUGUCGUAUUUUAUGAGAAUCACUGAUAGCAGUUUUUUAGUGUUUUUUUUUAAUGCUGUUAAUAAAUGCAUUUGUUAUCAAAAAA